AUCUACCAGCACAGCAUCGAGAAGACCAUCUCCCUCUGCUCCCCAAGAAAAGAUGCUCUGUAGAGAAUGAAACAGACACCUGGCAUUCUGUAAGUAAAAGAUAUUGAUAACUCUUUUAGUUGUGUUUUGUCUGAAUAUCUUGCUCGAAGUUGGAACCUGUUCUCUUCACUUGUUUCUUGAUUAUACCUCACGCAUGACGUUUUUGCAGAAGGAAGAAUACAAAAAACUUCUUUUGGAUCAGUUCCUAACAGUUCACAUAAUGCGAUCCUUGCGGGCCCUAUCUCAGAAUGAAGACSAAAAAAGUGGAGAUAGCAAUAAGGACAAGAAGUUCAGCUGCGACGACUACUUGAAGAAACUGGCAAUCGAUCCAAAAGACUAUUGCGAGCGUGGCCUCGAAAAUUACGAAUCAGAGGAAGGUCGCMAUCAGAUCAACUUAAAUCGCAAGCGUCACAAGUUGUUAGUUAUCGAAGAAUACAAACGACAGAGAAUAACAGGAACAAACGAUCCCGAGCUUGUUCGGAUCAUUUCGAUGACUCAAUCGGUACGAUCGAUGUUAAAGGCUCAGUUGUUGGCGGCCAUUGAUCAGCAAGAAGCACGAGCAAACAACAAUGGCGCAAAGGACGAAACCAAUGGUAACAAUGGAAAGAAAAAAUAUGUGCCGAAACAACAUCUACUCUGUCCAUGUGUUUCCCUWAUGUCUCACCUAGACUCAAAUGGCACAAAACCUACCAACUCCGCGAGCGUCAUCAAYGAGGAGAAUAUUGUUGCUCAACUACUUGUUCAUCGAAAUGAUGGCCAUUAUGUACCGCAAGCAGUUCGCGAUGAGUUUAGCAAACAACACAAACAACUGCAAUAUCGAGAUCUUCUUUUGCAACAACAUCGUAAUUUUCUCUUAAAACAGCAACAACAGCUACAGCACCAUAUACAUUCUGAAUCUAAGCUUCAUCAGCAUCUCCAACACUGUGACAAGACAUGUUACAACGAUAAAAUAAUGAACAUACAACAAAACA